GCAGAGGAGACCCCUGGGGCCGGCGCAGCGAGCGCCCGCCAGUUGCAGCUGCUCACAUCCCUUCAACACCUCCGAGUGGUCUAUGAGGGUCGGGACGGAAGUCCUCCGAUUGCCAUCCUUGCCAGGCACGACUUGGGCCCGUGUUCCAGUGAGGUGGAGCAGGCUCUCGGCAAAGUGGCUGUGAAGGCCGGAGGACUCUCGCCAUUCUCGGCAUGGAGCAGGGAGCUGCCGGACACGGCGCUGAAUUUCGCAUGUCAGCUGGCCCCUUCCGCGGCUCCCUCACCCUCGGCAAGACGUGCGGCAGCGCGGCUGCCUGGUGCAGCGGCCCUCGCCCAGGCGUUGCGGACUAACGACCCCUUUGCCAACGUGUGCGUUGCUUUCGUCAGCUCUUUCCACCUGGACCUCAAUCCGAUUUGGCUGCGUUUCGCGCUGCAGCUGGCACAGCGACUUGCUUCGCCAGCGAGCCCGGCGAAAUCCGCCUCCGCCACCCCGGAGGCACGACCUGCGCCUUCGGAGCUGCCCCCGUCCUUGGCCCUGUGCGCGGCGCAGGUGGUGGUGUUGCCCUCGACGGUUUGGCUCACAGCUUCCAGCGGAGAUCCUGUGGCUUGCCUCACGCUGCCCGUGCUCAUUGCAGCGGACCCCUUGAUGCAGGCGGAUGGCCUGCGACUCGCCGUUUUUUCUGGCCGCGGCGCCGCGGCUUUGCCUUCCGCCCAGCCGGCCUCGUUCCUGCAGCCCAUGUGCGAGCACACGGCAGCAGAGGUUCGACGAUGCCUAGCGCAGGCCUCGUCGGCACCGUUCAAGGCAGCAGAGCAGUGGCUGCCGCGCUCCGGCGAGGAGCCCGACAUUUGCAUCGCCCUCGCCCGUGCGUCCACGCAGUUUCAGCGCACCGAGACGCUGCGGUCUUCUACCGGCGAACGACUGCUUGUCAGUCUUGAUGUCAACUCUACCGUUUCACCCGUGCAGAUCAUGUUCCAAGCUCAUCAGCUAAAAUCGCUGAUGCAGUGGGCUGCAGAGCUGGAGAGCGAGCCGCUUCCGGCCGAAAUCACCUCGGAGGAGGUUUCCGCGCUGCGUCUUUGCUUCGUCUUGCGUACCACCGUGGCUCUGAAAGCUUCCUUCAGCGUCGAGGCGGGGCUUCGAUUGUCAGACACAGAGGCCACCGCCGUUCUUUCUCUUUCCCUUUUCGAGCAACAGCUGCAGGAGGCUGGCGGCGAGCCAGCCAGCCCUGCUCGCUGCGUCAUUGAGGACCUCCUGGCCCCUUGCACUGUGAGGUUAUGCCCGACCAAGACGGAGGGGGACGCCACCUUGCCCGGCAGGCAGAUCAGCAUCGAGGCCGUGGCCUUGGACCUGGGGCAACGGGCAGAGCUUUGUUUGCUGAUUUUCUCGCUGGAGGAGCUGCUGUCCGCUUUGCCUUCCUCGCCUCCGACGGCUCCGCCGGCACCCGAGCCGUCGCCAGCGGCGCCAGCGGAGCGGUCGGCAAGUGGAGAGCCGACCGAGGAGACCAUCGUUUUUCUGAAUUCCGUGACGCUGAAAAUCCCUGGUCCCGAAGAGGAGGAGCCUAGCGUCGUUUCUGCCAGCGGCCUCCACGCCACCCUCCAGACUCUAAGCACAGGCCGACAGCGCCAGCGCCUGGCUUGCGCACGCCUGGGGGUUUCCAUCCUGGACCGGCAUCAGGUGGAGGCAGCUGACCUCCGCGUCACCAGCGGGGAUGCAGACACUGAGGUAACCGUCCACGAGGGCCUGAAAGCGCAUCUGGUGACGGGUCGCCUCUUUGGCGACCUGGAUGUACUUUGGCCGAGUGCGCGGGAGGUGUCUCCAGGUAAGGUCAAGGCGAAGCAGCAACCAGAAGAUGUGGCCCAAGUGGGAGAGGCCUCGACCCCGUCAGAAAGCCCUGGUACCACUUUCCGGCUUCUCGUGACGGUGUUUGAGCUUCGACUAUGUCCUUCCGUGCGGCAGACGCAGAGGAGACUAACUUUGAGGGGAUCUGGGGCCUCCCUCGUGUCGAAGCCAAAGGAGCUUCUCCAUUGCCCUCCGGGGCUCCCUGCGACCUCUUCACAGCGCUUGGAGGUGGCGGUGGAGGCUUUGGCUGUAGAUGCCCAGCGCGACGAGACGCUGGCACCGCUGUUGUCACCGCUUUCGCUGGACCUCUCCGUGGUGACAACCUCGCCGCUUCCUUGCCGCAGCCUGGCCGUGGAUGCUGUGCCGCAGACGGCGCUGUCUCUGAACUGUUCGGCCAUGCGCUGGUCUGCGGGCGCUUGGCAGUUGGGACUCCUCAUCGAUGUCGCCAGCUUCCGUGAUCCGGACAAGCAGCCGCCAAAGGAGGAAGCCCCAGCAACUGAGCCGCCGCAUCAAAGCCAAGCGGAGACACAUCAGAGGCCACAAGCUGAAAUGCAGCGGCUGUGGCUGGACCUCUGGCUGCAAGGUGACGAUGCAGCAGAGACGCCGGCAGACACUUCCCCACCGGAGCCGGGUGUACAAGGUCCCAUGCGCCUGCUUGUGAGAAGGACUCCUUCGCCGGAAGAGGAUGCUUCCAGCUGGAAGGCCCUCCAGCUGCCAUCCGACGAGAAGGCCAUUUGCCUCGAACUUGGCUUGGCCUUGGCCGGCAGCGUCCGCGACGUGCUGGUGCCAACGGUUGCAAACAACGAGUUCCAGGUGUCCGGCUUCGACGCGGCCAUGGGCCGCUGGGUGGCCGUGAGCGGUGCAGAUGCCCUCGGCUUCCCGCGCAAGCCCGCGGCCGCGGCACUCCUGACGCCCGCUUCAUGCGGCGGCACACCCGACAAGGCCCCCUCCAUGGAGCUCGAGUUGCUCUGGCAAGAGCUCGCGAAGAGCAACAAGAAGGAGCGAGAAGCCCAGGCUGUCCUUAUGCAGCAGCGUAUGUCGGACUUGCGAGAAAUGAAGGCCAUGGCAGCGGGGAGAAGGGCGGACCUAGUUGCCCAAGCUGCGUCGAUGAGUUCUUCUGUGGAUGCAAGCAACCGGGAGGAGAGCGAGAGACAGUGGAUGGCAGUCCACGAUCCUUUGGAGAAGCUCCAGAGGGACUGGCAUGCUGCAGUGGUUCCGAAUGUGCCGAAGAGUCCUCCCCAGGUUCCUGCAGACGACGAGUCGUGGGGAAAAUGGCGGCCCGGGUACCGAUCCUGCUACAUCAACGCACGCCAACAGCCACAACCCCGUUUACAUCGCAACGGGCUGAGUUUCCAAGCCCGGGUACUCAGCCCCAAAGACGAGGACCUCAACCCUUCAAUCAAGCGGGAGCCGGAAAGGCUGCUGGUGGAGCUGGAGGUGCUGGCCGCUUCCUGCGCACCUUCUUCAUCCGAGUUCACCGUCGCUGUCUCCAUACCUCGGCUGACCUGGUCUGCAGCUCCCUCAGACUUGUUCGUGUCCGUCCCUGUUGAGGGCGAUCAACCAGCUGCCAUGGUGAAUGCGGAGGAGGCUGAGGAGCAGGCUCCGGCCAGCAGCGACUCGGUGAGCUCCCGCCUUCCGCCCCAGCUCAAUCGACUUCCAGCUGAUAAGUUGGUGAAGGUGCAUGAGGCUCUUGGCACCCUGAAGGAAGCCGGUCUUACCGAUGUCAAGGACUUGGCGGCGCUGUCGGAAUGCGUAAAGGCCAAUACCAGCAGUGCAGGCAAUGCGCGAAUGCCUUCCGAGGACCUGACGAGCGAGUACAUGGGAGCCAACCUCUGGGCUUGGACUCCCAAAAGAUGGUUCGAGAGCAUCCAGGCUCAAGGCGCCCCAGCCGGAGCCAAGAGUGAGGAGGCCGGCAAUGGCAACGAGGCGUCCGAGGAUCAGUUGCCACCCAUUCCGGCGAACUUGCAGGAGAGGUUUGACCGACAUUUGGCCAAGAUGACUCAGCGGAAGGAGGCGUCGGCGGAUUCGAUCGAAGAAGCGACGGCCCAAUUCAACGAAUGGUUUUCGCGCAUGAUGCAGAACGACGCGGAGAUCCGUUCACUGGCCACCAUGGAUCGCGAAAGCAUGCCGAUCCAGAAGGGAGAUGGCGCGGGAGUGUGGUUCGACCCCAUCAAGACAGCACCUGCCGGUCGCAAAGUCCUCGGCAAGGUCAACUUGCAGUCCAAAGACAUUGGCUGGAUCGGCGGCAAGUUCACGGGCGACAAUAAGCCAGCAAAGGCGAACGUCGCUCCUUCUGUGAUUUCUCUCCACCUCGGCGCUGAGGGUGGGGACAGCGGUGCUGCCUGCUGGAAGAGGCUGAUGGAGGAACAUUGCUUGGACGGGAAUGGCCGGCUCGGAGGGGACAACACCCAAAGCUGCAGCUACCAGCGGGAGCGCCUCGAUACCCCCGCGGAGUGCAGGGACGCAGCAGCGGUUCUCGGUCUUACCUAUGGCUACACCGGCUCCUACAGCAGAUGGCCACGAUACUGCUUCACCUACCGUGACCUAGUCUACUUCAACGAGGACGCGGUCAACUCCGCCGGUCGACACGAUGCCCGUUUGGUCUGCAAGCGCGUGGAGCCCACAACAACCACCACCACGACCACCAUCCUUUACGACAACGUGGUGAGCUACGUGAUCGGUGCCCCAGGCUUCGAUUGUGCGGAAGGUCAUGUGGUCGCCACGCACGGGGAGUGCGCAAGCAGUGAACUGAUCACCCAGACUGGGAUCCAUUUCUCAAACUGGGCUUCCACAAACCAAAUGCAGUUCGGCUGCUUGUACUCCAGUACCCUGCAUGCUCUGUUCUUCAACUACUUCGAGGGCGGCAGCGUCGACUACGACUACUCUCCGGUUUGCAAGACCGAGACGAACCCAAUCGUUCGCCACUUCGACAUGGGCGACUUCGACACCAACUCUUGUCGCCACGGGCAGCCCAUUGAUGAUUCAGAGCUUUGCCGAGAGUCUGCUGCGUCUUUUGGCGAGGUAUUCUCCACAAGCGGAAGCUAUUCUGGCUACCCCAUGGGCUGCUUCAAGUUUCUGAAUGGACAUUUCUACGGCAGCAGCACCCCGUUCUUCGCGGAGAGCACUGCGGGAAGGUAUGUUCCAAGAGCGAUUGUGGCGGGCUACGAUGCGGACAGGCUGAACUCUCUCGCAGCGACCGGGCAAUUUGCGCCAACCUCCGUGCUAGUUGGUGGCAACGUGGGUUCCGAGUUCGCGAGUGGUGAGGAUGACAACGGCUAUAGGGAGGAGAUCAUGGAAGGCAUCCGCCAGCAGAUGGAGAAAGCUGACUUCGUCGAGGGAUUUCUGCUGACAAACGGUUCGGGCGAAGGUUUGGCCACGAGCGGAAUGGCCAGCAAGCUUUUAGCAGACCUCAGCUGCUCGUAUGGGAAGCAAGCAAAGAUGACCUUCACGUGCACACCCGAUCUGCAGGGGGAGAAGAUGCCUCUCGUGAGCUCGGCGCUGCUUUGCCCAUCGCUUCUGGAGUUUACGGAACUCGUCAACUUCUACGACCUUGCCGCGCUGCAUGCGGCCAUGAAGCCAUCUGAACAGCCCUUGGGUGUGCUGGCCCGAGUCUUCAGUGGCAUGACGGGCCCGAUGCGCUUUGGGAGGUCAGUCUCAGCUUACCAGGGCUCUCGCCUGGCCUCUUUGAACGCCAUCCAGGUCAACCUCGUCUGCUACCCUCGAAUACACUUUGCUCUGCCGGGUAUUGCCUGUGGCAGCAGCGAGGAUGGUGGCUAUGGCGCUGCAGCAAAGGCACUGACGGCUCCUCUGUGCAGUGUCGAGCAGCGCAAGAGCAUCGCUUUCGCCCUGAUGGGCCGCGGUGCCGAGCAGUCCUGCCUGAUUUCCCGGGCAGCUGCAUACAAGCUGAGCAAGGAGUGCGACUUCGUCGACUAUUGCCCAACAGGGUUUGCCAUCAGCACCUUCAAGGACGAGAAGAGCACGGAGGCCGAAAUCACGGCCCUUCACAACACCACGGCCGUGGGCCAGGUCUUUCAGAAGAUGCUUCAUGACGGCUUAGAUGGCUACAAGUCACCAGACUACAAUGCAGAGAGCAUGGUCCAUGAGACACGCGAGAACCUGGCUGCGCUGAUGUCGGAUUACGAUGAGAUCGCUGAGGUCUACAAGCCUCCGGAGUACGAGGACGACGAGGAGUUUGAGGAGUAG